AUGUCUCGUCACCAGCUUGAUUUGGUGAUGUGCUUAAAGCAACCGGGCACUACUAUUGGGAAAGUAUGUGAUAAAUGUGAUGGUCGUUGCCCAAUCUGUGACUCAUUUGUCAGACCAACGGCAAAAGUUAGAAUCUGUGAAGAAUGUUCAUUUGGUAAAAAUGGUGGUAAAUGUGUUGUUUGUGGUAAUAACGGUGUUAGUGAUGCUUACUAUUGUUACGAAUGUGUGCUUUUGGAGAAAGAUAGAGAUGGAUGUCCAAAGAUUAUUAACGUUGGAUCAAGUAGAAUGGAUAUAUUUUAUGAAAAAAAGAAGCAAAAACACAUACAGGCAUAA